AUGGCAGGAAAAAGAAAGAAGUUGCUACCGAGAUUUGUAGGACAUUAUAAGACUCUUCAACGUGUGGGAAAUGUGGUCUAUAAAUUGGAACUGCCACCGAGUUUGUCUCAAAUUCAUCAUGUUUUCCAUGUGUCUAUACUCAAGAAGUAUCAUCCAGAUCCUUCUCAUGUAUUGCAACCGAAAAAUAUUGAUAUCGAUGAGGCACUAGCCUAUGAGAAGAAACCAGUGAAACUUCUGGAUCGUAAGGUGAAGGAACUAAGGAAUAAGCGAAUCCCUUUGGUCAAAGUUCUAUGGAAGAAUCAUGGAAUAGAGGAAGCAACUUGGAAAAUAGAAGAGGAAAUUCGAAAGAAAUAUCCAGACCUAUUUCCAAAUCAAGGUAUGGAUCCGGGUAAUCCUAGUGGUGCGGGACCCAGCGGCGUGGGAUCGGGACCAGGAUCGAGAACUCCGAGUGCUGGGGGUCCAGUGAACUAG